GCCGCUUCCUGGUUCUCAGAAAGGAGGAGCUGGAAGUUGGAGUGGGCCAGCGAAGUCAAACAGGGGGGGUAAACAGUCUGUGAGCCGGCGGUCUGCAGGGAGGCGGUAGAGAGAGUGGGAUCAAAACGACCGACACAGCAGGGAAAGGGGUGUUUGGCUUGGGUAAAUCUCCUCGUGUCCGCUCGGGUUGUCGAGGUCUCUGAAAGGGGACCCGCGCGCGCGCGUCGACCCCCGGCCGCGAGCCGUUUGAGGGGGAGACUCAGGGUGUGACGGAAUAAUUCAGGAAGUAUUGGAGCCGGGCAGGUGGGAGGCGACGAGGAAAUACAGGUGACACACCGGCAUCCAGGUGUGUUAUCUCCCGACCUACCCUUGGUGACAAAGUGAAACGGGGGGAGGAAGAAGCUGGAAGCGGGAGGACAUCCUUUUUCACACCAACCUUUCCCUGUGUUUAUGGACUGCAGGUCGCCAUGUCUCCAGGAGAGGACGGUCUGAUCGGGAUCCCCUUCCCAGAGCACAGCAACGAGCUGCUCUCCCGCCUCAACGACCAGAGGAGGGCGGGGCUGCUAUGUGACCUCACGCUGACCUCCCGCGGGGAGCGCUACCCCACCCACCGCUCCGUCAUGGCGGCCGUCAGUCUCUACUUCCGCCGGCUGUUUGGCGCCGAGGAGGGGGGAGGGCAGGGCGGGGACGCAGGGGGUGGCGGCGGGGGAGGCUUCAGCGUGUGCCAGUUGGACUGCGUGGCGCCCGACGCCCUGGACGCCCUGCUGGAGUUCGCCUACACGGCCACGCUGACCAUCCGCAGCUCGGGCAUGAGGGACGUGCUGCGGGCCGCCCAGCUGCUGGGCAUCAAGUGUGUGGCCGACGCGUGCAGAGACAUCCUGGGGGAGAAGGAGGAGGAGGUGGUGGGGGAGGAGGGGGAGGAGGACGAGGACAGGGCCGACGAGGUGGAGAGGUACUUCAAAGCGGAGAAGGAGAGGAAGCUGUGGGAGCGAGAGAUGGAGAAGGUCUCCAGGAGGAAAACGGACAGAAAGAAGGUGAAGAAGAUCCGGCUGCAGAAUUACACCCUCAAACCCCAUCCUCCCACGCCCCCGGUCUCGUACUCCUCCCCGCUGCACGACAGCAUCCACUCGCUGCCCUCCAGUCGGCCUCACAGCCCGGAGCAGGAGGCCCCCGCCCCGAGGGCCAGGCAGAACGGGGACUACGCAGGCGUCCCAGAGCCCGAGAGGGCCACCGCGCUCAACGGCGGGCUGCACCGACCACAGGACCCCCACCAACACCAGCGCGCCGUAGCCUACCCCCCCACCGCGCCGCCUUCCAACGACAAGCUGUCGGAGAGCGAGGACCUCGGGGAGGACUCCGGCAUGCGGGAAAUGAUGACCCCUUCCCUGCCUGCGUCCAUGGAGGGAGGGGGGCUGCUGCCCGGGGCCGGAGGCGGGGGCAGGAAGAGGAAGUCCCAGACCCCGCAGCAGUGCCCCGUCUGUCAGAAGAUCAUCCACGGUGCUGGGAAGCUGCCCCGGCACAUGAGGACACACACCGGGGAGAAGCCCUUCCAGUGCUCGGCCUGCGGAGUCCGCUUCACCCGGAAUGAUAAAUUGAAGAUCCACAUGCGGAAGCACACAGGGGAGCGUCCUUACCCCUGCACCCACUGCCCCGCCCGCUUCCUGCACUCCUAUGACCUCAAGAACCACCUGUCCCUCCACAGCGGGGCCCGGCCCUUCGAGUGCCCGCUCUGCCACAAGGCCUUCGCCCGCGAGGACCACCUGCAGCGCCACCGCAAGGGCCACAGCUGUCUGGAGCAGCGGCCCCGCCGGCCCCGCCGCAUGCCCGGACACGCGGACCACCACCACGACGACGACGACAACGGCGACGUCGGCGGAGGAGAGGGAGGGGAGCGGGGGCCGUCCAGCCCCCUGGAGCCCCCGUCCCUGCAGGGCCACGCCUCGGUCUUCCACCCCCGCGGGCCGCUGCUCCCGGGCGGGGAGGCAGAGCAGGAAAGGUAUCUGGCCCUCCAUGCACUGGCCCAGGGGCCUCACCGGCUGCAGGGCUUCCCGGAGGAGCUGCUCCUGCUGCGGGGCCAGGAGCUGAGGCGGGAGGCAGUGGGGGUCUACCCCAGAGGGGUCCACUCUCCUGCUGCUCAGCAUGGAUGGGGGGAUGAGGACGAGGAUGAAGAGGAAAUGGUGGAAGAGGAUGAGGACGGAGAGGAAUAGGGUAUUUUGUCUGU